CACGGCGUGGCCCGCGGGGACAGCGGCAAGCACCGCGCUCCGGGACACCCGCGGCACCCCAAACUGUCUGCGCUAGUCUGUCCACCUGCUGCAGGCGCUGAGAGGACGAUGCGCUGGGGGCCCUUUCCGAGUCUCCCAAAGUUCCCUUCAGUCUUUACAGUGGGAAAGGAGGGCCAUUCUGUUUAACAGGAAGACUUUUUAACCCAUACAUCUAAGUUAGAUGACAAUUAACUGCUCAGCCAUGCGCUCCAGUCAGCACGAGGGUCCUUGGAGAGGUGGGGGUGCGGUGCGAGCCGAUGGAGAGGCUCUACGGUGGAUGGCGUGUUCCGGAACCUAUCCCUCGAAUUAGCCGAGUCAGGCAGAGAGGGGGCGGGGAGUGCUUCCGCCCUUGCUAGGAGGGGCUGCAUUGCAGGGGAGACCCAGCGGCAGAUUCUGUCACAGACGAGGGAGAAGGCGUGAGGAGACAAAGCCGUCACAUCCGCGACAGCUUCCUUCAGCCGCCGCCUCCUCUGCAGUCCAGAGCCGACCCCCGAGCCCCUGAGGCAUCCUUUCCGUCUUCGGAACACCCUAGUCAUUCAUUGCUAACAGGGAAUCAUGAGGGACCCUGUGAGUAGCCAGUACAGCUCCUUUCUUUUCUGGAGGAUGCCCAUCCCAGAACUGGAUCUGUCGGAGCUGGAAGGCCUGGGCCUGUCAGAUACACCUACCUACGAGAGCAAGGAUAGCAGCAGCAUUGGCAAAAUGAGCAGGCAAGCAUCUGGGAUGGAGCAGAAGAACCCUGAAGGUGACCCCCUCCUUGAGUACAGCACCUUCAACUUCUGGAGGGCGCCCAUUGCCAGCAUCCACUCUGCCGACCUGGACUUGCUUUAAGGCCGAGAUCUCUCUCCCACCCCGUACCCUCAUUAUCUUCCCUCUUAAGUCCCUUCCUCUCUAAGCCUUCCACUUUAAUCUUGUUCUCUUCCCUCUAUUGUGCUGGUGGUGCUGAUGAAUCUGCCAAUUGAAUUGUAGGUUUGUAUGUAUGUAUGUACUUAUUUAUCUAUCUAUUUAUUUAUUUAUUUAUCUAUCUAUUUAUUUAUUUAUCUGCCUACUCCAUUUCUCUCAAAAGCCCUCUAGGCACAAAGUCAAGGGUUUAAUCAGUGGAGUACUAGAUCAUAGGAUUUCCUCCCGCCAGCCCGGAGAAUAUUAAAUAAUCCCAGAAAAAAAUCACCCUUAUUUGAGGCACCACAGAGAAGUACUUGUGCAAAAUGGGAGAUCAAUUUUUUUUGUUUGUUUGUUACAUUUUAUCAACUUCAAAGAUGACUUGAACCUCCCUAAUGUCCUGCCCCAGGCCAGUAAGCAAACACUGCUUCAAGAAGUAAUGAGAACCUGGAAGUUGGGAGACACUUUCUACAAAACAGGAUUUCUAAAAGGCUAAGAAAUUCUGCUGCUGCUUACAGUGCAGUCUGUUCCCCCAAAACACAGAGGCAGUUACAGGUGGGAAACAAAGGAGUGGGGAUAAGGAAAAUCAUCGCACCGUCUCAGAGAUAGCUCCUUUAAUAUCCAGCUCUGCUUCCAGCUGUGGGUGGAAAUGCUCAGAAAAUCAGAUUUGAGUCUUCACAGGGAAACUUCACUAUGAGGAUAAUUCCUAAAAGACAAAAGACGGAUCUGAUCUAAAGAAAAACCAGAGUGUUAUUAGGAGAAGUUAUAUAAAAUUGUGAUUUCGUCAUGGGACAGGCGGAUGUUUUGGUCCUAAGUAUUUUAGCUUUGCCUUUCUGUAGUUGCAGUAUGUGAUAGGAAUCGGUGAUUCCUGACACAGUUCUUUGGCCACCAUAAGACCGUGAAGUAAGCAGUUACGUUCAGACCCUACCCGUCCCCAUUCCUUCCAAAGCUAUUGCACAUGAAUUGUGGAGCUGUUUAUUCAUUUAUGGAAUAAAGACGUUAAAUCCUAA